AUGAUUAGUCUUCAUCAACAUGCAAGGCGUAUUCUCUCUCACAGCAGCAAGGCUCGUCUCUUCUGCUCUUGCUCCAACACAAACCGAACCAUAUGGGCCUCGAAUCAAACCUUGCAGAGUCAGAUCGAGACGGCUUUAAAUCACAAGGCAAAGAUCAGUACGGUGCUUGAGCAAUGGAGACAACAAGGAAACAAGUUGAAUCCUUCUCAGGUGAGAGGAAUCUUCGAGAAGCUGCGUGACUCCAAUAGAUUUCCACAAGCCCUAGAGGUGUCACAGUGGAUGGCUGAAAGAAAGAUAUGCAGUCUCGUACCGGAAGAUUACAAAGCACGUUUUGAUCUGGUUGAGAGUGUCUUAGGUUUAGAAGAAGCAGAGAAGUUCUUGGAGAGGGUCCCUGAGAAUCUGAGAGGUGAGUCUAUGUACACAGCUCUACUAAAGAGCUACGAAAAGUCUGGUAAGAGAAGUAUUGAUAGAGCAGAAGCUGCUUUCAAGAAGAUGAGAGAGCUAGGUUUUCUCUUGAAACCUUCACCUUAUAGCUCCAUGACCUCUCUCUACAGCUCCACUGGAAACCGAGGUAAGGUGGACGAAAUUCUACAAGAGAUGAAGGAUAACAACGUUAAGCUUGAUAGCCUCACCGUGAACAACGUUUUGCGAGUGUACGCUGCUGAAUCUGAUGUGGCGUCGAUGGAAAAGCUUCUGGAGGAUUGGGAAGAGGUCGCAGUGCUUCAGUUGCGUACAUAUCUUGACAUGGCAAAGGCUUAUCUGAGAGUUGGUAAUAAGAGAGAAGCGAGAGAGAUGCUUCUUAGAGCAGAGGAUCUAAAGGAAUCCUCUUCGUAUGAGGAGAUCAUGAGGCUAUACGGGGAAGCAGGAAAGAGUAGUGAAGAUGUUUACCGUGUAUGGAAUCUGUACAAGAAGACAAGAAAGCAGGACAAUGAUGGGUUCCUAGCUUUGAUUGGAUCUCUCUUGAAUCUUGAUGAUAUCAACGGAGCAGGAGAGAUGUACUACAGAGAGUACGAGUGUUCUGGUGUUGAGUUUGACGUCCGAAUCCCAACUAUGUUGGUGUCUGGUUUCCGCAAAGAGGGUAUGGUGAAACAGGCAGAUAACUUGAUGAACAAGACUUUAAGGAACAAAAGACUUGCUGAUAAAGCAAUCACUCCUUUGCUGCAAGAGUGGGGGAAGCCUUCAGAGUUGAGAAUCCUCAUCAAGAACCUUCAAGAUUCAAAUCAAUUCUCUAAAGCACUUGAGGCAUCUUCAUGGCUUUGUGAUCAAAAGGUGAUUAAUCUUUUUCCAGAAGAUUAUGCUGAUAGGCUUGACCUAACUGAGAAAGUGUUGGGUUUGAAAGAAGCUAAUAAGUUUUUCGAGAGAAGCAUCCCUGAGAAGAUGAAAGGCUACACUGUCUACUCUACACUCUUGAACACAUACACGAGAUGUUAUAACCAAAACGUUAAUGAAGCGGAGGCUAUCUUUGAGAAGAUGGGAGAGUUAGGUUUCCUCACUAAGCUUUCCCCAUUUAAGUCAAUGAUAUCUCUUUACAGUGUGCUAGGGAAACGAAUAGAGAUAGAGAAUCUUUUAAGGAAGAUGGAGGAGAAGAACAUAGAGUUGGAUAGUGUCACGAUGAACAACGUUUUGAGAGUUAACGCGUAUGUAUCAGACGUAGACUUGAUGGACAAGCAUAAGAGCCAAUGGGCUGAUAAACUCAAGCUUGAAGUGGAAACGAUGGAUGCAAUGGCUACGGCUUACGAGAAAGCAGGAUCAAUACUAAAGGCGAUAGAGAUGACAACGAGUACACAAGAAGUGUACCGUCUAAGGAAAAAGAUAGGAGAGAUGGGUAAUGAAGAGUAUCUACGUGUGAUUAGGUCUUUGUUGAAGCUUGGUGAUGUACAAGGCGCACAAGAAAUGUAUGAAGAGUGGGAACAAUCUAAAGGAGGAGCAGAGUUCGAUGCUAGGAUACCUGGUUUGCUAAUCUCACGUUAUUGCGAGGACGAAGGUGAUGAAAUGAAGGUGAGGCAACUGUUGAAUUCGAUUAGGCUGAAGCUGAAUGAGAAGGUUAUUAAGUUGUUCAUGAAAGAUAUGGCGUUGGCGGUUCUUAUCUAUCCAACGAUGUGUAAUGAUACGUUUUAG